CAAACUUGAAAGGAGCAGACCUAUCUAUUGCAUCAUUUUCUAUAGCAAAAUAUAUAAAUCAAAGAGGAGAAAAUAAAUUUCUCUAUACUUCAAAAAUCGAUUAAUUUCUCCGGCAAUGGUAGUUGCAUUUGUAGCCAUAGCUAAAUCCGUCGGACAGCAAUGCUUGAAGCGAUCAAAACCCUACUCCAACUCUUACUUCUCCAGAUAUGGAGUCCAAAAAUGGCAGUUUCAGAGUCAUAGAACUCUAAUCUUACAGUCGGCUUCUGAAUCCGUCAAAUUGGAAAGACUUUCCGAUUCUGAUUCCGGGAUUUUGGAGGUUAAAUUGGAUAGACCUGAGGCGAGAAAUGCGAUUGGAAAGGAUAUGCUUAGAGGAUUACAGCAAGCGUUUGAAGCUGUGAGUAAUGAACGUUCAGCAAAUGUUUUGAUGAUCUGCAGUUCGGUUCCUAAAGUGUUUUGUGCUGGAGCUGAUUUAAAGGAACGAAAAACUAUGAUUCUUUCAGAAGUUCAGGAUUUUGUAAGCACUUUGCGAUCAACAUUUUCCUUUUUGGAGGCUCUUCAUAUCCCUACAAUUGCUGCCAUUGAGGGUAUAGCAUUGGGUGGGGGACUUGAAAUGGCAAUGUCUUGUGAUAUCCGGAUAUGUGGUGAAGAUGCAGUGAUGGGCUUACCUGAAACAGGGCUUGCUAUAAUACCAGGAGCAGGAGGAACGCAACGGCUUCCUAGAUUGGUUGGAAAAUCAAUUGCAAAAGAUAUAAUAUUUACUGGACGAAAGAUAAGUGGGAAAGAUGCUGGAUCAAUUGGGCUUGUCAAUUACUGUGUUCCUGCUGGUGAGGCUCGUCUCAAGGCACUUGAACUUGCUAGGGAUAUUAAUCAGAAGGGUCCGCUUGCUUUAAGGAUGGCAAAACGUGCGAUUGACCAAGGAGUGGAGCUAGAUACAGAAUCAGGUUUAGCUUUGGAGUGGGAUUGCUAUGAACAACUGUUAGACACAAAAGAUCGCGUAGAAGGCCUUGCUGCAUUUGCUGAGAGGAGAAAACCUCAGUAUAAGGGUGAAUGAAAAAAUUGUAACACAUCCAAAAUAGAUAAACUGAUCAUUCAUAACGAAAACCAAAAUAAACUACUCCAAUUAUAUAUC